ACCUGCCUCUUUUUUUCAUAUGUACCUUGCCGUCUUGAACCUUCGAAUACUCGCUUCUUGAUACUGUUUUACUUGACAACCCAUUAUUACCAUCUAUUUUUUUCCCCCCUUUGCUUCCUUUUGUCGUCACCUCAUGCCAAUGCAUCCCACGCGCUUUCCUUUGUCAUCCUUGAUACAACUGCCAUAUGGCCUCCAGUGAGCUGACUCGAAACUUCCAGCUCUCUCUAUAUCCUAAUCUCGAGCGACGAGUCUGUACACGACCCGCCUCACACACAUCCUAAUACCCCAUGAAUUGAUACCCUCCUCGGUUUGCUUCUUCAAGUCAACCAUCCAAGGGCUGUCCUCUCUGCAAUCAGGUAGCUCUAUCCGUGUCGAAGUACUAGACUACCUUACGUGGUCUCUUGCGAACCUGCAUCUUACCACCACUCUCCAGAGGCACCCUGACUGCUGGGAUGCCUUACACGCCCCCCUCUCAUAGUCGAUCCCCCGCCAACUCUGCCCCCUCGUCGCCCGAUAUGCCAUCAGCCAAAUCCCUGUUUCGCAGGGCACCCUCGCCCCCGCCAAAGACGGCCGCAGUGGACAUCUCCAGGCCCGAAGUCAUCUCGAGCAACAACAUGGUUCACAGCUUCAGCACCCCCGACCUCGCGGGCGGAAGGAGGCGAACACACGCGCGCUCUGCUACCGAACCCAAGGUCAUGAUCUCCAAGUCUUCGGAGACCUCACUCACCGGUCUGAAGAGGAGUCCGAUGAGGAUCUUCAUGAUGAAGCCUCCGAUGGUUCGAAAGAAGUCUGGAGAGCUCGUUCGCCCUGCUCUGCGUCCUUCAUCCCACCGAAGGCCGUCCAGUAUGCCCGGGACGCCGACCUUCUCAAAGGCGGUGCAUUUCGACUCGCACCUCGAGCACGUGCGCCACUUCCUCCAGGUCGACCGCCCGCUCGCCGUAAGCGCUGGGUCGUCACCUGCCGAUAACUACGACAGUGAUAAUGAGUAUCCGUUCCCAGGCGAUGAGCGAUCCGGCACUCGGUCCCCUCCUUACGAGUGGGAAAUCGUGACGGCUAACCAGCCGAUGGAUUCUCCUAUCCGCAAGUCGCUGCCUGUGCGCCUCGAGAAGGUCUGGCUCUCACCCGACCAGAAGUCGUUACUCGGUUCUGUCGCCGUUGAGAACAUGUCUUUCCAGAAGUCCGUCACUUGCAGAUUCACACUUGACUACUGGAAGACCACUUCCGAAGUCGCCGCUGAGUACUCGCAUGAGAUCCGCCCUAAGGAGUCGGACGCUGGCCAUGACCGUUUCACCUUCGCCAUCAAACUCUCGGAUUUGGCUCACCUCGAGUCCAAGACUCUCUAUUUCUGUGUCCGCUACAACGUCAUGGGACAAGAGUUCUGGGACAACAAUGGCGGUACCAACUUCCAAGUGGACUUCCGCAAGAAGCACUUGCCUCAAAACGGCAAACGCAUCAUUGGCGCCGCCAGUAGGCCUGUCGGUGGCCUGCCCCGUAGCAACCGUCGGGCUAGCCCGGCUGCUAGCUCAUCACGCCCUAAGUCUGUCAAUGUUGGCUUCGACGAUUUUGGCGGCGAGAAGGGCAAGUACAACUUCGACCAGCCCAUCCACGAAUAUCUUGGAGAAUCCGGCCCGCCUCUCCGCCUCAAGACCAAGUCGACCAGCAACCUGGCGAGUGAUAACAUUUCGAGGGGCUUGACCGCACCCAGCGGCCAGGCUUUCUCCAACCGCUAUGACUUUGGUGCCUCCCUCACGGCCGCUGUUCAGGCCGCAAAGGACUCGAUGAGCAAGGACACCAAGGCCGACGGUGGUCUGUACAUGAAGAGCCACAAGAAGAUCUCCAUGGCCCCUGAGCCUCCCAAACUGAAGAUGCCCGUCGUGCCUCGUGGUCCCUCGCCCAUGGUUUCUAACCCGAAACCUGUGGCAGUGGCUGGCAACGACUCGCCCAACACUUCCUUGCUUCCAACUCAUAUGAGGAACUUGUCAACAAAUACUGCUUUUGCCGGUCGGUGCUUCGCCGCCAACUCGCCGCUCAUCUCCCUGAUACCCUCAAGCGAGCGACCAUCCAGCCCAUCAACAGCACAGCGGCAAGCAGGCCAAGUCGCCACUCCUGCAUCAGCCUCGCCGGCUCCCAUGACUGGUGGUCUACCUCAGUUCGCUGUGAGACUCAUGCCGGUACAGCAAUUCGAGGGUGAUGGCGUUUGUCGACGAUGA